GUCAUCACUCUCACAUCCUCAUAUCGCUGCUGAACAUCGUACUUAAUACUCACAUCAUGACUAAGCCUCUGCUCCUGCUGGCUGCUCUGACUCUCUGCUGCAUUGCCAGUCUGCAAGGUAAAGACUUUCUAUGAUGAUGAUGAUGAUGAUGAUAAUCGUUAUUAUUAUUAUUAGUAGUAGUAUUAUUAUUAUUGUUAUUGUUGUUGUUGUUGUUGUUGUUGUUGUUGUUGUCUGGGUAGUUUUUUUUUGUAAAAACAAUGCAAAAGGCAGAUUAAUGACAAGUCAACAUUGAAACUUCAGCUGAUAUUCACCUGCACAGACUGAGAAAUGAUUAAAUAUUAUUUGUUUUAAUUUGUAAUAUUAUGUAUUUUAAUUUGAAAUUUUACAGCUUUUCCCAGGCAGGGAUGCAGCUGCAGGCAGACGUUGUCUAUCCCCAUUCCUUUACGGGUCAUCAAGAGAAUCGAGGUGAUUCCAGCUUCAGGACAGUGUCGCUGGACCGAGAUCAUGUGAGUCUAUAAAAACAAAUACAGACAGGGGUUUCUUUUUCACAUUUAUUAUUUUGUGCCUUUACAGUGGGGGGUGGGGGGUGGAGAGAGUAAUAAUUAGGAGAGAAAAGAGAAACAGACAGAGAGAGAGAGAGAGAGAGAGAGAGAGAGGAAAAAGGCAUGCAGGCAAGGACGGCAGGUUAUCAAACCCCGGCCACCCACUCUAACGUUUACAGCCCCUGUAUAUGGGGUGCAUAAAUCAACCACUAAGCCAAACAGGUAUUCAGGUAUUUCUAAGCAAAUCCAAAAGUAUUUCAAUUAUUCAGAUUAUAUUUAUGUUUAAUUUUAAAAUGAUAUGCAAAGUUACAAAAUUUAAGUUUAUUACAAAGCAGAUAAACUUAUAUCUUUACUGUGAGUCUUUAAAACGGCAAAAAGGUCUUCAUACAAUGUGUUACUCCUUAAAUGUAAGGACUCAAGAUUGUUUAAAUAUUUGACUGUGUCCGCUUUGCUUUCAAUGUGUUUCUGCUCUCAGAGAGGAGGAUGUCAAAAUCAGAAAGCUCAGGUAGAGAAAGUUUCAUAGAGCUGGUGGAGGUAUAAACAGAUUAAGAAAAUUAGCUGCUACAGUUCAAAUUGACAACUCUGCAUCCUCAACAGCUCCUCUUCCACAUGGGGUAACUCAGGGCUCAAUCCUCGGCCCUCUUUUAUUUGCCUUUUAUCUACUCCCCCUUGGUUCUGUUUUUAGGAAACAUGACAUAUCCUUUCAUUUUUAUGCCGAUGAUUGUCAGAUCUAUCUUCCACUAGCACAGAACAACUCCGACUCAGUCCAACAACUCACUGACUGUCUUAAGGACGUUAAAGCCUGGCUUUCUUUUAACUUCCUCAGUCUUAAUGAGAACAAGACUGAAGUAAUGUUGUUUGGACCAAGUGGCGGCCACCCCCCCAACAUCGAGCUAGGCUCCCUCUCACCCUACCUUAAAGAGGUCGUCACUAAUCUGGGUGUUAAGUUUGACCCUGAUUUUAAAUUUGAGAAGCAGAUCAGCGGGGUGGUACAAAAAAGUUUUUAUCAGCUACGCCAAAUAGUGAAGGUGAAGCCCAUUUUAUCAAGACCUGACCUGGAAAAAUUAAUCCAUGCUUUUAUCACUACCCAUCUUGAUUACUGCAACUCCUUGUACUUAGGGAUUAGCCAGGCUUCCCUUGCCCGCCUGCAGCUUGUGCAGAACUCUGCUGCACGUCUCCUGACACAGACCCGCAGGCAUGAGCACAUCACCCCCAUCCUGGCGUCCUUACACUGGCUCCCUGUUCAGUACAGAAUUCAUUUUAAGCUUUUAGUAUUUGUUUUUAAGGGCCUGAACAACCUUGCUCCACCCUAUAUUUCUGAGAUGCUCCAGCCUUAUUGCCCACCCCGACCCCUAAGAUCAGCUGAUCAGCUUUUACUGACCGUCCCCAGUACAAGGCUGAAGCUCAGAGGGGACAGAGCAUUUGCCGCUGCUGCCCCUAAGCUCUGGAAUGAGUUGCCCUUGAAAAUUAGACAGGCCUCCUCAUUUCCUGUUUUUAAAUCCCUUUUAAAAACGCACUUUUACUCAUUGGCUUUUAGUACAUUGUAGUGUUAAUUUGUUUUUUAUCAUCUUAGCACUUGCCGUGAGCCUCCUUAUUUAUACACUUAUUUAUUCUUUUGCAUUUCUGUAUUUCUGCUCGCUUUAUCUUGUUCUUUGAUUGUUUUAUUUGUUUUUAUGUGUCACUGUACAGCACUUUGGCUACCCUUGUGGUUCUUUUAAAUGUGCUAUAGAAAUAAAGUUGAUUGAUUGAUUGAUUGAUACAGUGAAGCUAACUCGAAUUCACCUAGUCCAUGCCUGAAAUUAUCACUAAGGAGAACAUCUGGGUAAAAGAACAUCUCAAUACCAUCUGUUACAAAAUAACUAAAAAGUUCACCUGUGACUCUGACUAACUAACCUGUGACUCUGUUUAAAUCUCCCAUGACUGAUUAAAUUACAUGUGACUCUUAUUAGAUCACCCAUUACUCUGUUUAAUCACAUGUGACUCUGAUUAACUCACCUGUGAUCUGAUUUCCUUACCUGGUUACCUCACCCAAGACUCUGAUUAACUCACCUGUGUCUCGGGUAAACUCACAUCUCAUUCCAAUUAAUUGAUACGUUACUCUGAUUGACUCACAUGUGACUCUGGUUAACUCAUCUGUGAUUCUGUUAAGUGAUCAAUGAUCCUGAACAACUCAGUUGAGAAUCAGAUUUACUAACCUGUGACUUUGAUCAACUCACCCGUGACUUUUUUAAUUACCUGUGACUCUGGUUAGCUCAACCGUGACUCUUUUUUACUCACCUGUGACUCUGACUAAGUGAUCUGUGACUGUGAUUAACUCAUGUUACUUAGGUUAACUCCUGCGAAUCUAAUCAAGUGAUCUGUGACUCUGAUUAACUCAACUGUGAUUAUGAUUAACUCAUCUUUGAUCCUGGUUUACUCUCCCGUGACUUUGGUCAACUCACCUCUGACUCUGAUUUAUACCCCUGUGACUCUGGUUAUUUCACCUGUGACACAGGUGUCUUUGGGUUAUUCUUUCGUUGAUACCAGAUUUUGUCGCUGAUGUUUAAUAGGGCUAAUUUCCUUAUUUGUUUGUUUGUAUUUCAGAGUGACGAGGAGGAAUGGCUCUAGAGUUUGUGUUAAUCCGAAAAUGGAAUGGGUGAACGACCUGCUUAGCGAUGUGCAAAGGUAAGUCCAUUCUCUACACAUAAUAAAUGUUUUUUUUCUAUUUGGAUGGAUGACGCAGGUAAUAGAAACAAGCAGACUUUUGAAGGGAGCUUUUUUAUUAAUUUCCUUUAGAUUAAGUGAACAAGUCAUCUGCAGGAAUAUUUCAGUUGAUAUUUCUGUCUUUGUUCAGUUCUCCUUUACAGAGCUUUAAUACUCUGACACACCUUUAAAAAAGAGGCAAAUUACACUUCAUGAACAUUGUUGGAGUAAUUUAAUGAGAACUGUGGUCAGGUGUAUCUAGAGUUGCUCUUGCUAUUCUAAAUAACUCACUGUUGUAAUGAGAUUUGGACUAAUCAGUAUCAAGUAUUUGUCACAGCUUGAUGAUUGGAACUAAUUAAAUAAACAAUUCACAAUUACGUUUAUAAAAUACAUUUUUUCAGUUUUCUAAUUAAUCCACUCUGACCCCUUUUGAAUUCACAGUCUCUGAUAUUUUCCUUUUUUUUGUUUUUUAGGAAAUUGAACUCCAGUUCAUCAACAGUGUCUGCAACUUCUGUUAUCAACUAAAGAUCAUAUUUUCAUCCACAUUUAUCUAGAUGUAAAAAUAGAAAAACAGAUGGUGAAAUGCUACCUGAAAGUCCAGCAUCAAAUCCAAAUUUUAACAUUUAUUUUAUUUUGAUUUAACUCACAGAUUUAACAGACUGCGGUUAUGUUUUGGUAAAAAGUUAAUAAACAUGUGCUCAUUAUAAAUGAGUGAACCAAUAAUAUAACACAAUUGUUUACAAGGUUUCAAUUUUCAUUUUUAACAUUUUUUAUAGUUAGAAACACAAACCUACGAAAGUGCAUCGCAUUCACUGGAUAAUUAAAAAAUUCAACAAACGAUCUUGUAAUUACGAGAUCCUGAUCUUGUUAUUAUAAGAAAAGAUCUAAGAAAAGGGAAAUGUCUGUAAAUCCUCUCUCUGGUCUGAGUAAAACAGCGGCCAAUGUGGCAUCUUUCCUCGUCUUGAAUCAGACACCUAUUCUCAUAAUUGCAAGAAAAGAUCUCGUAAUUACAAGAUAAGGUGUUUGAAUUUUUUAUCUAGUAAAUGCAAUGUGCUUCCGUACAAAUCUGAUCCAUGAAGUAAAAUGUGAAAGUCUUUGACAAAGUCUAAAGAAAUUUUUUAACAUGAAAUAUAAAAAUAUAGUGUGAUUUAAAUUGUCUGUGAACUCUGUGUCACUUUAAGCUUAUAAGAAAAUCUGUUUUUAUUCCUCUGAAAGAAUAAAAACUACAACUAAAAAUGUGCUUAGAGUUUUUAUUGUUAAGAGGUGGUCAAUAAAUGUUUGUGUUUAUGUGUUUGUCUCAGGUGUUCCUGCGAUAAGUAUAAUAUAAUAUAAUACAAUACAAUAUAUAUAAUAUAAUAUAAUAUAAUACUUCAAAUGAACUCCCUGUGGAGUCAGAGAUUACUUUAUUUUGCUGAGAAUACAAGAAAUCACAAGUUUAAUAAAAAAAUAAAACAGAUUUUUGGCACAGAAGCUUUCUAUCAUUCCAAUUGUCUUAAAAUGAUCAUGAAUAAAAUUAAUUGAAUGAAAAAAACUUUGAGUUUUUUGUGUUAAAAUAAUUUUGUAGUGUCUGUAAAACACUAAAUGCCUCAGUUCUUUCUAAGUCAGCUAAGAUUAGAAUUAAAUACUAGUUUUAACCUUUGUAAAUAAAACAACAAAGAAGUUUUAAAUCUGCUAUUUUUGACUGUGGUGGGAAAUCCCUUUUUGUAAAGUAUUUGGAAAUUAAACUGAAAAAUCAAAAAAGACAAAGAAAGACUUGGAGCAAUAUAUUUUAGGCCAACAUUAACGUGAGUUCUUGUUGUUACACUUACUGCUUGUGUUUGAUUUUAACAAGAUGUUUACUGAAUAAAACCUAAUAAAUGUCAAAAUUACCCCAGACUUCAC